UCCACUCAGAAACCACAAAUUUCCUUAACUUGUUUUGUAUGUGUAAGUGGAGGUCGGGCCAAUGGGGAUAUGGGUUCCUUAAUCGGAGGAUGCUGAUAACCUAAAUCCUACUUGAUAUCUUACACGUGCGACCACGCCAAGGGGGACUCGAAGCCAAAUCAAACCCUUCUCUUCGCGGCCUAAGCAACGGGAAGAAGAAAGGCGUCGAUAGCGGACGCGACAAAAUCAUUCCUUUUUUCGUUUUCAUCCCCGUCGAUCUCGAAUCGGACCGACGAGUUCUCACUUCGCGAUCCAGAUGUCUGCCGCGGCUAUCGCCUGCAGUAGAGGCGCCGCCGCGUUAGGGUUUCGUUGCAGGUCGCUGAUGCGGCUGCCGGCGGCGGAAGUCGGGUGCCCUCGGUCCAAUUUGUCGCUGCUGCAGCGCUUCUCUUCGCAACUCGCUAAGAGCAACGGGAGUAGGGCUUGCCUUAUCGACACGCUCGCUCUGGUCAGGAGGUUGGAGAAGGAAGGCGUCCCGACGAAGCAAGCGGAGGCCAUCACAUCGACCAUCACGGAGGUUUUGAAUGAGAGCUUGGAGAAUGUCGCCCAGUCCUUUGUGUCCAAGCCUGAGAUGCAGAGGAGUGAGAUGAUUCAAGAUUCUAAUCUCUCAAAAUUCAAGUUGGAAAUGAAGGGCUCGCAGGUAUGCUCCACACUUAAUUGCAUCUCACCCACUGUUCAGUUGUAUCACAAAGAAGUAUGUCGGGCAGUAGGGCAAUAACACUAUAUGCUUUCAAUCCUUGGAAGCAAGGUAAUAGAUGAUGAAAAUGAGCUGGCUCAUCAGAAAUACUUUUUUUUUUU